AUGAUUUCCCCUUUGUUCGCCCAUGAAAACGAACACAAACACAAACACAAACACCACAAAAAAAGACACGACCGAAACGAAAUCGAGAGGGAGCUUCGAGACCUCAGUUCUCAAACCUCCAACUCAGACGCCAGCUGGCGCAUAAUCAAACCCGAGCUCGACAAAUUCAACGACACAGACCCUACAAUCGUGACAGCUGUACUUCUCGAACUCGCAAUAACGAGGGGUGAUCAGAUACACGACAAACUCAAUAACUACCACGAGGACUCGAGGAACGACGAGCUUAAGAGCAAAUACUUGUCGUGCUCCAAGAAUUACAACGACGCGGUUCGAAACCUCAACUUGGCGAAAAAUAAUUUGGAAUCGGAAAAUUACGAAGAUAUCCCUAUACAGAUUGUGGAUACUCAACAGGAGUUGGAAGGGUGCAGGGGAGAUUUCUGUGAGGGCUCGUUCGACCCGGGACACAUUGGAGAUAGGAUUAACGAGUUCGAGGUUUAUGUGGAUAUUGUUAAAGUGUCCGUGGACCGACCUCUACUCACAAACUCCAAAGUGUGUUGGCACAUAAUCGAGCCCGAGCUCAGCCAGUUUAAAGACACGGAUCCCGAUAGCAUAACCGACGUGUUACUCGACCUAGCAAUAUCAAGGGCCAACGAGAUACACGACGAGUUAAACGGGUACCAUGAGGACUCGAAAAACGACGAGCUUAAGGGGAAAUACUUAUCGGGAGAGUUUGGUGAGGGCUUGUUUGACCCGGGCCACAUUGGGAACAGGGUCAACGAAUUCGAUCUAUACGUGAGUAUUGUGAAGGUGUCUGUAGACCGGUUGAGGGAUUGGGACUCAAGGGAGGACAUUGAUUGA